CCUCAGGAACAUGAUGCUCCAACUUCUCAGCUGUCUUCACUCUGUCCACAGUGCCAGAUACCGUAGGCAGCUCCUACCGUAUUUAAUAGAUUGGGGUGAAAGGUUUUCCUGAACACUGAGGCGCAACGAAAGCUAGAAAGGUCAGACGCAGCCGGGAUUCAAGGACUAAAAUCAGAGGAAUCAGAGGUGACGCCCAGCGAAAGGUGCGGCCAGUCUGCAACCUCAUUUUCCUGAGAAGAGUACUGUGCACAAUGGCUAGCAAAGUGCAGGUUGCUGAGAUUCCGUCUGGUGGCUCGGAACCAAAGGGAAAGGCAGGUCCUCCUCCAUCCAAGAGCGAUUUCCCAGCUACUCCUGCUCAGUCCGCUGAGAAGGUGCAGCAAGACAAGCUGGGGGACACCGUGAAGCCUGAACAGCACGAAGCAUCAAAGCUCGGCGGAAAGCCAGGAGAAUUGAGAGAACUGGGUGGAAAACCGGUCACAUCAGAGGAUGCUGCACACAUUGCUGCAGCGGAGGCUGCUGCUGGAAAGUCUACCGGAGCUGGCAGUCUAGCUGCAAGGGCCCAAUCUGCAGCGGCUGCCAAUGAGAGGGAGGGUGCUCAAGGGAGCCAGCAGACCUCCAAGCCUAGUGCAAACGGUGCUUCCAAGCGGGAUGCCCCUGAGGCGCUCAGCGACAAGCCUGGGGAGAGGCAGGCAGACAAGAAGAGGGACGUGACAGAGCCGAAAGUGCACUACUACAAGGAGAAGGAGAGCAAGGAGGAGGACGAAGGCGGCAUCUCCUAUGCGUCAGCACUCAGGCGGCCAAAGGAGGAGGUUGAGGUUGAGAGGCGGGAGGAAGCAGAGAGGGAGAACGGCCUCCGGAAGUGGCUGGUCCCGGGAGCAGUGGCGGUCCUUGUGGUCGGGGUGGCGGUCGUAGUUGUCUCGGCCUUCUCAAAGAAUAAGCAGCACAGCAGCAGACGCUAGGCUAGGCUUAGUUAUCGAAGUGGGAUCACUUGUAGAAAGUCAGCGGUGAAAGGCGAGAGUCGAACGUGCAUGUAGGCUCAUGAAAGCUACUACUAGCGGCCAGGCCUAAAUGGUCCUGGAGCGAUUGAUGUGACAUGUUUUCGCAGUGUUUCGAAAAGACAGGGCACGCCAUUAGCCGCUUGAAACUUCAUCUUAUCAGAUGCCUGCAAAUCAAUGUGCUGCUCAGCUCUUCAACCUUCGUAACCGGGCAGACGGAUCUGCGUUGCCAAACCAAGAAGGGAAACCAUCUGACCC